GCUAUUGCUGCUCUGAAUACAUGUUCCUGUUGCCAGCAGCUUCCCAAUAGCUCGCCUGGCGCCAUUACCCUGCCUGAUAGUGCCACCGUCGCUCAGGGUCGCAUACUGUCUUCUAUACCACCGUCUGUGAAGAUCAACCAUGCUGUCAGUCUCGCUCACAGUUGCACUAGUCUAAGUCUCAAACCUAACGCCCGAGCAUAUGCUCAGUCACUUGGACUUGAACUUCGAUGUCGCCAACAUCACGUUCCUCAACCCGUAACUGUCGGCACAACAAUUGCUUCCGCCCCUUCAGAUACCACUUUCCUCCGUCCUGAGUUUCUGCCCUCGGGAGGAGAAUCAAGGCCUGGCCUCCGGCCUGUCAGACUGGCUUCUUUGCGCCACCCUUUGAUAGCCCGCUUGAGAAAAUACAGCGAAGAGGCGUUUGGCCGCGUUCGCGAAUUUACUAGUCCUGAGGAAUUGACCGCAUUGAUGGAGAACACUGACGAAUUGCGCCUUCAACCCUUGCUUAUUCGCCUCCGCCUUCUUGGACCUGACCAUCCUGAUACCAUCUACUUCAUCAGGUGGGCAAGUCAUGUGUUGCUAGCUGGCUUUGUAAGUUAUUAA